AUCUCACACAGACUGAAGCUUUCUUUCUCGAUAGAUGCUGUUGCAGUGGCCAAUUCCAUGCUUCCAGAUCUACCCGAGGCGCAUGAUCUACAGGCAUCCCUCCCGACCUGUCCGACUGCCCGGCCGUCUCGUAUUAAAGCCGUCGGAGAUGGGAAAUGCUAGGCCGAGCUCGGCGGCCCCACUCGAGAAUAUUUGGGAUGCGCCCGCUUCUCGAUCCCACUUUGACGCAAAUCUUGCUGUCGACACAACGCUCGCCAUCUACGUCUCGAGGGGAGCCAGCUGAAGAUCUCGACUUCAAAACCAUGCUUCCCGCGCGCCGGUAACAAAGCUACAGGCCCCGGCCACACUCGAGCGACCUCAAGAAUCCCCGACGGUCCCGUCCCGAGCCCUUUCCCCUUGAGCCCCCCCCUCUUCGCGACCAUGUCUGCCCCCCAGCCGAACACGCAGUUUACGACGGCCCUCCUCGCCGGCGCGCUGGCCGGUACCACGGUCGACCUCUCGCUCUUCCCGCUCGACACGCUCAAGACGCGCCUGCAGUCCUCGGGCGGCUUCUUCCCCUCGGGCGGCUUCCGGGGUAUCUACCGGGGCGUGGGCUCCGCCGUCGUCGGGUCCGCGCCCGGCGCCGCACUCUUCUUCGUCACGUACGAGGGCUUCAAGGACGCCCUCUCCCACCCCUCUUCCUCGUCUCUACUGCUCUCCACCACACUCGCAGGAGGAGGAGGUGGGGGUGGAGGUGAGGAGGCGUUUACCCCGCCGCCGGCCGCCGUCACGCACAUGGUGGCCGCGUCGCUAGGCGAGGUGGCGGCCUGUUCGGUGCGCGUGCCAACCGAGGUCGUCAAGCAGCGCGCGCAGGCCGGCCAGCACGGCGGGAGCUCGGCCGCGGCGCUGAUCGACAUCCUGUCGCUGCGGUCCGGCCCCCGCGGCUUUGCGGGCGUGUGGCGCGAGCUGUACCGCGGCUGGGGCAUCACCGUGUUCCGUGAGGUGCCCUUCACCGUCAUCCAGUUCCCGCUGUGGGAGGCGCUCAAGGCAUGGGGCCGGAGCAGGCGCGGCGUCGAUGGUGGUGGCGGUGGCGGUGGCGGUUCUGGGGGCGGCGACGUCGGCGCCGCCGAGAGCGCCCUGUACGGCAGCCUGAGCGGCGCCGUCGCGGCGGGCGUCACGACGCCGCUCGACGUGCUCAAGACGCGCGUCAUGCUGAGCAGGGAGCGCGAGUCGGUGCUGUCCAUCGCCAAGAGCAUCCUGCGCGACCACGGCAUAAGACCCUUCUUCGCCGGCAUCGGCCCCAGGGUCGCCUGGAUCAGCGCCGGCGGCGCAAUCUUCCUUGGCAGCUACCAGUGGGCUGUCAACACUCUCGCUUGAGGGGCCAUGAUAUUGAACGACCCAUCAACCAGGCGACGACCUUCGCUGGGGAGCCGGCAUCGUAACACAUGCCUUUCCACAAAGAUAUCCAGCGAGGCUUCACUGUAACCAUAAGCUACCGGGGCAGUUUGGUUGUAUGAUAGACGAGUGGGACAUGGACAUAUAUAUAUAGAUGAUGAUAGCACGCACGAACGACGAUUCUAAGCAAUUAGGGUUUGAUUUAUCAGGAAUUGUAUGGUAUUCCAAGGGUGAUAUUAUAAACGAGCAUCUCUUCACGUGGCUUAUCCCAGCCCAUGUGGUCUAUUCGCAC